GAUAUGUCGCGAUUAAACUGGCAUAAUGUGAUAUAAUGAACCGUCUGGUUUAUUUUCUGUUGUUGCACAUGCGCUGCUGCUUUUGCUUUAGUUUGGCUCCUACAGCGUUCCGUCCGUGAUCUCCUAGCAACAAACUGCUGCUGCUUCUUGGGACCGAACUUAGGCGACUUUUCCGAUGGCUGAUGACGAUCUGGACCGGUUGCUGGACGAGGUGGAGAGCAAAUACUGCCACCCCGGGGCCGGUCCAGGAGGAGCUGCGGCUGACAAGACCCGGGUGAAAAGGAAAGCUUCAAAAGCGAUUGUGACCGUGGAUGAUGAAGACGUGGAUGAUCUGAUUGAAGAUAUCCUGGACGUUCGCUUCUAUGAAGAAAACAAGCACAAAGCGAAAUCCACAGAACACCAAUCCUGCAAAUCAUCCACACAACAUCCCAGUAAAAAGUGCUGCCCAGUGUAUCUUGGUGGAAGCGGGAUUCCUUUUGGCAUCGGAACAAGUAUUUCUGAGAGGGCCUGUGACCAGCUGCGCUGCACUACCUGUGAUUUUAACAUCGUGAUGUUUGAUGACUACAAAUGGGAAGCAUCCUGUGACUACCUCUUCUUCAGGAACAGUAUGCCAGAGCACAGCAAACUACAGACCAAGAUGGUAAGGAAGAAGGGGGCACGAGCCUACGCCUGUCAGUGCAGCUGGAGGUCCAUCCAGCAAAUAACCGAUCUCUCCUCAGAGCCGCAGCUGCGGUUCACAAAGAGAAAGUGGUGGUCAGCUCACUCAGGACGACCAACCAUGACCCGGACAGGUGCGGACCUCGCCGAAGACAAGAUAGAAGAAAAAAAAUGGAAGUCCAGCAGAUCAAAGCAGAUCAUACGGUUUAUUGUAUCAAAGCAUGCAGAACAACAAUGAUGCAUGGUGGUGACACCGGCCGAAACGCGUCACCACCAUGCAUCAUUGUUGUUUUGCAUGCUUGAUACAGUAAACCGCAUGAUCUGCUUUGAUUACAUCGCGCUGGACUUCCAUUUUUCCUUCUAAAAAUGUAGGUUAUUAUAUACCAAAUAUGUGUAUAUUAUUUAGUGUUUUGGACCCCUUGAGUUAUGGUGCCAUACUCCUAUAUUUUUAUUUAUACAUACACACAUAUAUAUAUAUAUAUAUAUAUAUA